CUUAAUUGUUAUAUGCAUUUACUAUUCUUUUAUUCUCCAAAGUAGGUCGGUCAAACAAAAUGGACCAUCAGCCUCUUGCUUUGAAAUUAGCUUCUUUAAGCCUUAUCUCCCAACGUAAAUUAAAAGAAAUACUGUUAUUAUGUGGAGAUAAGAAGGACCUUAUAAUAGAUCCUACACUAAUCAAACCGCUGGAGAGGAUUUGCGGAGUCAGCUGGCUUCGACAACAUGGCAUUGACAAAAUAUACAAAAUGGAACCACAACUCGGAAGCACAGCAAAUACGAAUCGAGUCUACUUCAUACCAGCCUGCAUUUUGAAAUAUAAAUGUGUUUUGGACCAGAUCUCUUCAGUACUUAGUCAGAACCCUGCCUUAGCUAAUUUGAACUGCUUCCACAUUGUAAUAGUACCUAAAGUUCUCACUACAUAUGACUCAGUGUUGGAAAGUAAAGGAUUGUAUGGGAUUGUGAAGCUUCAUACAUUUUCAUGGGAGCUGAUGGCUUUGGAUGAGCAGCUGCUUAGUUUGGAAUUACCAUUUCUGUUCAAGCAAUUAUUUGUUGAACAGAAUCAUUCCUUACUCUCCAGUAUAUCUAUGUCACUAUGGAGUAUGUUCCAUGUUACUGGGAAGCCUAAAACUAUAUUCUCUGUGGGCAAACUAUCUGCUAAUGUACUUGAUAUGUUGGAGAUCUACAAUGAAACUUAUGCAAGAGACUUUCUUGAUACUCACAGCUCUAAAGAAAUUGGAGCACUGAUUGUCAUGGAUAGAAACCAAGACUAUGCAUCCAGUCUGCUUACCCCAGCUACAUACAGUGGCUUACUAAGUGAACUGUUCAACAUAAACUGUGGACAUUUAGAUUUGAAUGUCAAAGAAACUAAAUUGAAGAAAGGAAAAUUGAAUUUUGGUGCAGAAGAGGAAGCAGCAACUUCCAAAAACAUAGUCAUGACAUUAGAUAGUUCUAUAGACACUUUGUAUGGUGAAAUAAAACACAGGCACUUCUCAGAAGUCCUAAGUGUUCUCAGUUCCAAAGCUAAGCUUUUGAAGAAUGAGGACAUAAAAGCAUUAGGAAUACAAGAAAUCAAGCAGUUUGUUGCAACUAAACUGCAACAAGUGUCACUAUUUAAACAGAAUCUAGUCAACCAUGUUCUUGCUUGUGAAACAAUAAUAUCUGAAAUGAGCAACAAGUUUGAAAAUCUGAAGCUAACUGAGACUGAAAUGUUGAACAACAGGAAUAAGAAAUCUAACUUCACAUUUGUUGAUGAGAACUUUGGCACAGACAUACAUAUAUACAACAGUCUGCGUCUCAUGUGCCUGCUUAGCCUGACCCAGUCUUUAACUUAUGAUGAGUACAAUGCUUUAAUAAGCAAGUAUUUGCUUGCUUUUGGAUACAAAUAUCUAUAUGUUUUUAACAAUCUCAUAAAUGCUGGUUUGUUGGUUCAGCCAUCAAGUCCAAAACUGUCUUUAAACAUUUCAAAUCUUGGGAAUCUUAGUGACAGGUUACCAAAAUGGCAGAAUGAGUUUCAGAGUACAGCUAACAAGUUAAAGCAGCUUCCAUCUCAGGCAGAUAAAGUUGGUAAAGCUUGUCCUAGUUAUGUGUUCCACGGCGGGUAUGUGCCAUUGAUUGCAGUGCUCUGCAAUGCUUUACUGACAUCUGACACAUUUGCUGAUGCUCUAGCAAAAUUGUCAGCUGUAUCAGACUUGAAGGUUGGAGGUACAAUCUUAGAAAAAUUCAAGGAUGGCAUAGAAACUUUGAAUGAAAAGUUAUCAAAUUUAAUGUUACAAAGAGAUUUAGAGUUUGGUUGCAAAGAUGUGAGAAGUCUAGCCAAGGUAUUGAAGAGUGAGCCUAAUAAAGGUGGAUGUUUUCCGCUUAAACCCAAAACAGUGUUGGUAUAUGUUAUUGGUGGAGUGAACUAUGCAGAGGUGGCUGCUUGUGAUGUCAUUCAGACUAAUACGGGAAGUAAGAUUAUAGUGGCGAGUGAUUGUAUAUCCAGUGGGGCAGACUUGAUGGCUGCUAAUACUUGAAACAAAGUAAAAAAAGGAUUUGGGAGCUGCUAUUAUUGGAAAAAACUAAUUUUAUUGGACAUAUA